AUGCGCAAAACCGUCCGCGUCACGCGCACCAUCCAAGUCUACGACAAAUUCCUACGCAAGUACUGGAAAAAGACGGCCCACGACCUCGUCCACGACCCGCAGGACAUCUUGAACGAGGGGGACGUCAUCACCUACGGGCCCUUCCCAGCCGAUAUGCGUGCAGAGAGAGAACAGAAGGGAAAACUGGGCGGGAACAGACAAGUCAAAUUCGUUUUGAAGGACAUUAUUACGCCGUUUGGGGUGCCUGUUGAGGCCAGAACCCCGAGACAAGUCGGGAGUCCCGAGGGACGGUGGGUUGGCACGCCGGGCCAGCAGGUUCAGGUUCAGGUGUCGAAUAAACAUCGAGCUGGGGCUGCCAAGGCAAAGGGAAAACAGAAGGCAUAA